CGCAAAAGACAGCGAAGUGAGCAAGAGGAACAGAGAAAGGGAGAAAGAGAGAGAGGGAGGAAAAAGAAGAAACAACCUACAUCUGGUGUAGUAAUUGCAGUGUCUGAGGAAUUUUCCUGAGGAGGAAAAACAAACAAUCCAUCUGUUUACUCUUCAGUUCACACAGUAGGGCAUAUAAACAUCCUUCCUUGGAGAUGUCUGGAUCAGUUGUAACUCAAAAUGGCUUCGUGGUGGUCACCCACGUAUACCCACAACAGCAGACAGCAACCACACCUGUAACUGGUGUUUCUUCAAGAGUCCCCACUCUGCUUGCCAAAUUUCUGAGGGGAGAGCCAAAAGCGUUAGGGACUGUACAAAUUCUGAUUGGUGUGAUGAUGCUUUUGUUUGGGAUUGUGCUGGCAGUUAAUGCCGCAUCUAUCUCUACCUACAGCGGUGUUGCUUUCUGGGGAUGUCUUAUUUAUAUCAGUUCUGGAUCACUUGGCGUUGCUGCAGAGAACAAUCUCAACAAGUGCCUGGUGAAGGGUUCUCUGGUCAUGAACAUUUUCAGCACCAUCACAGCAGGGAUAAGCGUGAUUUUAUUUUCAUUGGACAUGGUUCUUCAACUUUAUUAUUACUACUGUUCCGGGUAUGAUUGCUAUUACCUUUCGACAGUAUGUCCUCUUUAUUCAAUCUCAUUUCAGAGCACAUUGAAUGGUGUCUCAGGGGUGUUAUUGGUUUUUUCACUCCUUCAGUUCGUCAUUUCCAUCAGUGUUUCAGCAUUUGCCUGCAAAGCCACUUGCUGCACCAAUCCUGAGAUAUCACAUAUUCAGCUCCCAGGGCACCAUGCCACAGUCACAAUGCCCACUCCAUAUACCCAUGACGAGGUGAUACAUAACAACCAUCUGACACGUGACAAACCAGCUGAUACACCUCCAGUUUACACAGUCUCUUAG